CUGGAGAGGUGGGACCACUUUGUGCAGGAGGUCGUGACGGAGAAGGGCGAUAGCAGCGGAAAACACGACUCCUGCAGGAGGGAGGCGUGAUCCUGGAGUCCUGCAGGUCCCAGGGGUGCUGCUUCCUGGGAGCCAGAGUUUAACGAGUCCUCUAAUCGGUCUGUCAUUGCCAGCGUGGAAACGACGCGACACCCCAAGAGACAAACAGGGGGGGCCGUGGGUCGCUAUAAAAGGAAGCAGUGGGACAAGGAGCUCUCAGAUGGACCCCGAGCUUCAUAUGAGUCCGGAUUUUCUGCUGACCCACCUGAGUCCUGCACGAGACAUGCUGCGCGAGACCGAGCAACAAGUGCGCGAGAUCCAACAUCAGCUGCGCAGCUUCCGCAGUUAUCCAGGGUCCUGCAUCCCAAUGAAGCAGGGAGGAAGUCCGUGUGAGAGGAUCCAGAGUGAUGGGUCACGUCCCCAGGUCGUCCGUCGGGUCUUCACCAACAGUCGGGAGCGCUGGCGGCAGCAGAACGUCAACGGAGCGUUCUCUGAGCUGCGUCGCCUUAUCCCCACUCACCCACCUGACAGGAAGCUGAGCAAGAACGAGAUCCUGCGCCACGCCCUCAGGUAUAUCAACUUCCUGGACAGCCUUCUGACCGACCAGGACCACAGGGUGGCCUCCAGGGGUCGGGCUGGGAGCCUAGGGGAUGAUGAACUGCAGGGAGCGCUCUCACCAACUUCCAACUGGAACCAGAGUUCAGAGGAUGGAGACUCUGAUGGUCUGUCGGAGGAGCAGAGUCAGUUGCACCUCUACCUGCACACUAUGUGCAGCUAAGCAGCAGGCAGACUGAUCCGAACCCACGAACAGUAACACAGGCCCCGGAACUUUCCCAGUUUGGACUGGUGUUGUGGUGGAAACCCAGCUGGAAACAUCCAGUUUUUUGUGUUUGUAUUUUAUAUUAAAGACUUGUCGCUUGGUCUGAAUAUUAAUGUCAGUGUUUCUGAAAGGUUGCAGAGAUGCCAAAGUUAAAAAAGAUGAUGAUCAUCAUCGAUGUUUUGUUUCAGAGAAACAGUUCUUUAAAAAGUGACUCCAUGUGAAAUUCACAUCGAUCUUAUUUUUCAGUAAAAAGUUUGUGUUUUCACGUUCAGGAUGUGAAGUUCUGCUGGUCAGCAGAAGAACCAGGAACCAGGUUCAGUUUCCUUCAAUUUAAAGGAACUUUCGGUCCAUUUAAAGUUUUAAUUUCUGUAUAGAACUUGUCCUGUGUGAUGUUAGAAAAACUCUUGUUCACUGAAUAUUUAUGUCUAUGAUACAAAUUUGAU